CCAUGCCGUUAGUCAUUGUAUGCGGCUUUCCUUGUAGCGGAAAGACGAGGAUCUCAGAGGAGUUGAAAGGCUAUUUAUCUAAACAUUCAAAGGAUGUUCAUAUUGUCAGUGAUCACGACCAUUACCCAAAUCGUGACAUUGCCUACGAAGACUCAAACAAUGAAAAGGAGUUGAGAAGCAGCUUGAAGGCAACAGUCGAAAGACUUCUAUCAAAAGAGUCGAUCAUCAUUCUGGACUCACUGAAUUAUAUUAAAGGCUAUCGGUAUGAACUUUACUGUGUAGCAAAACACAACAGAACACAGCAUUGUGUGAUUUACUGUAUGACGUCUGUUGACAAAUGUCGAGAGUGGAAUCGAGUGAGGGAACCUUUACAGAGAUACAGUGACGAAGUAUUUGAUGGUUUGGUGAUGCGGUUUGAAGAGCCAGACUCUCGAAACAGAUGGGACAGCCCACUCUUUACGCUGACAGCUGACGACCAGCUGCCACUGGAGAAAGUUCGUGAAGCUCUAUUCGAAAGAAACCCAUUAAAACCAAACCAGUCAACACAAUCGCAACCAUUAUUAUCGGGGAAAUUUCUCUACUCUAUGGACAGAGUUACCCAAGAUGUCAUAUCGGCGAUCUUAGAGUCUCAGCGAGUGCAUGGUGUUGGACAGCCGGUUGCUGUUGCACACAGUGAUGAGAUAUUUCGGUCGAUGCGUCCAGUGACGAUGGCAGAGUUGAGACGAUAUCGGAAGCAGUUUAUUACGUACACCAAGAUGCAUCCGGUUGAAGAGACAGAAGGACUGACGUCGCUGUUUGUACAGUAUCUCAACAACUGCUUGCAGAUAACAUAGUAGGACAUCAGGAUAUAUUAUAAAAUAUUGUUGUGAGUUGGUAAGUUAUUUUUAUUUCUGGUUAAGUUACCAUUACACACACAAUAUG